CGCAAGUUGAACCUGUGCGGUAAUAGUGUGUGGACAUCAUACUUAUUCAUAUUCAACUGUUGACUUCUUUCACACCACUGAUAGAAUGACUAUCAUACGGUUGCUCGUGAGUCUUUUACUCUUUGGUUCAUCUGAAGCUGGGAAGCUGUUGGUUAUUCCGUCAGAUGGCAGCCAUUGGCUUGGGAUGAAGCCUAUUGUGGAAGAGCUGGGGAGGAGAGGGAAUGAGGUGGUGGUGGUCAUCCCAGAUGCAAGUCUGAGUAUGGGUCCAUCAGAUCACACCACCACUCUUUCUUAUCCAGUGCCUUACAGCAAUACUGAACUAGAAGAGAAUUUAGCAGGCAACGUAGACAGUAUUAUGAGUAUUGAUAUAUCUACAGACCUGGCCAGGUUUCAGACAUACUUCUUCACACUGGAUAUUCUACAAACAUUUACAGUGAAGAAUGCAGAGAGUCUGCUUUUCAACAAGGACCUGAUGAAGAAACUGAAAGACUACAACUUUGAUGCCAUUCUCACCGAUCCAUUUGAGCCUCUUGGAGUUAUUGUUGGUGAAUAUCUCUCCAUUCCAGCUAUUUACAUGCAAAUAAAUCAUCCAUGUGGGGUCGACACUCUUGCCGGUCAAUCCCCAAGUCCACCGUCCUAUGUUCCUAAACUUUUUACUCAAUUUACUGACCACAUGAGUUUUUGGCAAAGAAGUGUGAACCUGGUGAGGACUCUGCUGCAACCCAUGGCUUGUGAUUAUUUAUUUACUCAAGCAGAUGAGAUUGCCUCACGUUUACUUCAAAGAAAAUCAUCCAUUGUAGAAAUCAUGAGCCGUGCUGCUCUUUGGUUUAUGCGAUUCGACUUUGCCUUUGAAUUUUCACGGCCAGUGAUGCCCAACAUGAUCAUGAUUGGAGGGAUGGCAACCAAGAAAUUAAAACCUUUGUCACAAGUAAGCUAUCAUUGUAAAUUUUACAUGCUAUAGUUCCACUGCAGAAUUAUAAGUGUUGCAACUUUGCCUUUGCCAUUACACAACUGUUCACUGUCAUUGCAAUUUAAAGCAAAUACCCAAUACUACAAUUGGCAAUAAGUUAAGAAUUCUGUCUUGUUACAGAAGACAUUCAAGAGCAGACUCGUUUAGUUUUACUCCUCAUUUUGUAAGUUGCUUUGGAUGAAAGAUUAUCUUACAAUAUUUCCGCAAUUGUUCAGCGUUCCAAAGCAGCUUCACAUGAAAUAGAAUUAAAGAAAACAAAGAAAACACAGAAAACUAAAAAACG